UCUGGAGGAACACUUGAAACAAACCCCGCACUUCAUUCUCCAUUCCGACCGGUUGUUGGAUAAGGCUUUCCUUCUCUCUAAACCCUAAUCCCUCACUGCUCCAUAGAAAGCAAUGGCGGCCAUCUCGUCAUGCUUAUCUCCCAACCUCUGCCAGAACCCUAAGGACCGCAUGACAAGUUCCAAGCCACCAGCUUGGCUUGCCGUUGGGGCGACUCCUCGGAGCUCUCGAGCAUUGGGUUCCUCCAUAACUUUCUCUAACCCUAGAAGGAAAACUCUAAGGAUCUCGGCCGUAGCAUCGGAAGCGACCGCCACGGCCCAGGAGCCGGAGGUGGCACGGAGGCUCUACGUGGGGAACAUCCCGAGGACUGUGGAUAAUGAGCAGCUGGCCAAAACGUUUGGAGAACAUGGCGCUGUCGAGAAGGCUGAAGUUAUGUAUGACAAAUACUCUGGUAGGAGUCGGCGCUUUGCAUUUGUUACAAUGAGCUCAGUGGAAGAUGCGAAUGCUGCUAUCGAGAAACUUAAUGACACUGAAAUUGGAGGUCGGAAGAUCAAAGUAAAUGUAACAGAGAAACCAUUGCAAACUGUAGAUGUGUCCCUUCUCCAAGCUGAAGAAUCAAAAUUUAUUGACAGCCCACACAAGGUUUAUGUUGGUAAUCUUGCAAAGACAGUGACCUCUGAGGUACUUAGCAAAUUCUUCUCUGAGAAGGGAAAGGUUCUUAGUGCAAAAGUGUCUAGAGUGCCAGGAACUUCAAAAUCUAGUGGCUUCGGCUUUGUUACAUUUUCAUCUGAUGAGGAUGUAGACGCCGCUAUUUCGUCAUUCAAUAAUGCUGUGUUGGAAGGGCAGAAGAUUCGGGUCAACAGAGCUUAGCAAUGCUAAUCAAGCACUUGGGAGCAUGGAAAAGGUUGUAUGUUUUGUAUAGUGAGAUAGGUUAUCUAAUUGAAAAAAUAUUUGAAAAAGUUGACUUGUAAUCCAAAUAACUUUGUUUUUAUGUCGCUGAUUUUGGUUACAGAGCUUGUCUUUUCAAUAUUUACAUGCGAAAUGCAUGUCAACUUUGAGAAUUUUGAAAUACAUGACAAUUCUAAGAA